GUCUAAAACUUUUAUGGUGCUUUUUGUGGCGUUAUAAAAAUUUAUACCUUGUAAAUGUUUGGACUGCAAGCUAAAAUCUGAGCUCCAGACAUGCAGCCUUGUGACUGUAAACUUGAAACGUCACUUUGACCUUUAGAUUUAGAUUCAGCUCGUUCAAACCGAUUCAAUUUGAUUCAUUAUUCUAGUUCAGAUGUUAAACAUUCAGCAUUUUGUUUAGUGUAAACAUUUUGACUGUUGAAUUUAAAAAUCCACGUUAUUCCUGAACAGCUGUAAAAAUACCAAUUAUUGAUAAUUCAUGGAGUUUCAUCACUUGUCACCAGAUUGGACUAAUCAACAGUUUCAGUUUGAUCCAGGCCUGGUGGUGCCGAGUGGCCGCGGCUGUCUGUCUGAGCAGGACGUGAUUUAUUUCCAUCAGCGCUGAUUAAACCUAAACUCUAAAUGCCCUUCAGAACACGGCAGGAUUCCUCAGCAGGUCCAGUUAAACCUCACUUUUAUACGUCCACAUUUAUCCAACAAUCCUCAAUUUAAGAUCAGCCAUAAAUAUUCUCCCAGUCAUUUGUCGAGAACAUGUAAGCGGGGCGGGUGAUAAAGUGGCAGAGCCGCAGAGAGAUUUACGACCAAGACAUGUGUAGCAGCCGCGUUUGUCUGGUGUGUGUUUCAGUUUGGACUUCGCGUCCCGAGUGCAUGACGACUGAAACCCAUCCGCCUGUUGCUGGGCAUGUCAAUGAAGCGCAUGGACUCCAAGAAACUGCUGAGACAACAACAUGCCCAUGUGACACAAACUGGGAACUGUCGUCGGGGCAGAGAAAGCAGCUGGAAGCUGUGAGGUUUUAAUGGCUUCGCUUCAAACACACACUGAUCAGUCUGUGUUUUCCAGGCAUAUAGUGUCAUUUUACCGCAGAUUUAACCUUCAGUUUUUAUAAAAAUAUAUUUAUAUAUCAAAUAUGAGUUAGAAAUUUCACUUCAUAAUUUAAUAGAUUGAAAUUGGGCCUCUGUCUCUUUAAGAAACUCAUGCCCAUUCUGAAACUCCUCCUUCAAGAAGUCAAUCCAACAUGGCUCCUCCAUUAACCCUUUCAACAACGUUUUAAUGAACUCAACAGGUGAAUAGUUCCACCACGUGAUCGCUAAUUGUGUCUGGCUAGUCUGAAGGAGCAGCUCUGUGAGGUGGAAUCUCAGAAACUGCAGCUCUAAGGAGGAGCUGUGCCUCGAAGGCGGAGCUAGAUCCACCCAGACGUUUUGUACAGCUGAAUGGUUGCCAUGGAGCUUAAAGGAUUUCUCAAACACGUAUCAAAGAAAAGCAAAACGCCAGGUAUGUUUUGGAUGAGGGAAUAACAUUAUAAAAUGAUGUAAAGCUAAAAAAAAGUCAAUUUUACAUAAAACUGCCCUUUCAAAAUAAAAAAUAGGGUCACUAAAGCAUAGAGAAUAAUAAAAUAAUAGAAUAAAUUAAUGGCAGCCAUUUUUUAUGUUCUGUUUUUGUUGCAUUUAGAUCAAAAUUGUCCAUUCUAAAGAAAAUGUUCUUUUAUUAUGUAACAUGAGAAAUUUGGUACACCAGCACAGCAACAGGUAACUAUGCCUAGCAUAAUUAUUAAUUAUUUUUUAUUUUAUUACAUUAAAGCCACAAAUUUUAGUGGUUUUUAUUGGGACUUGAUGUGUUUGAUCAACAGAAGUUGUGGCAUUUAGACCUCAGUACUUCUGUAAUGCCUCUCAUAUUUACAUUUUGAACACAAAAAAAUGCAAAGACAUACAAUUAAAAAGACAGAAAGUGAAAAGAGCUAAUCAAUCAGUUUAGAUAAAUAAUGUAAAGAUACUGACAAAAUAUGACAAUAUUGAUAAAGAAGUCAGGGUUUUGUGGCUGUUUUAACAGAUUCGUCCGUUCAGGCGUAUGUCAUGUCAGCUCUGAGGUCACUGAAACGAGCCUCUGUCAGAGUAGCGAUGACAGCUGAAAAUAAACUGGACCUCUUUUGGCUCAGCCUCUCCUUCCAGACACACAACGCCUGCGUUCUGCCAGGCAGCUGUUGUGCUGCGUUCAGGUGUUAAGCCCUUUGGUCCAGAAGAGGGGAUGAAGAGGAUAUAUUAGUAAUUUGCAGCAAUACCCAUCAGUGAAUAAUCUGUUAAUGAAAAUAUUCAUCAAAGCUGUUUCAUUAGCUGUUUACUCAACAGUCUAUAAAGUCAAUAGUUGUUCUUUAUCAAAGAUAUGGAGCUCAUGUGCUACAGUCUUGGUGCGUUGCUGAAUACAGUUGGGAAAACUGGGAAUGUUUUGGAGGAUUAUGGAGAGUCUGGGUUUACCUUACUGAAAUAAAAUAAACCAUAAAACAACUUUAAGUGUCAAACACAGGCUUUUCUCUAAGUUUAUCUAAUUUAAGACAUAAUUUCAUAUAUUUUCAGCUCAUUAAGUUACUGACAGCAUAGUUUUUUUUAUUUUAUUUAAACCAGUUAUACAAGUGGUGUCAAACUCCAGUCCUCAAGAUGUCCUUCAGUUUUUAGAUAUGCCACACGUACAAAUACCUGCAAUAUUUGAAAUGGCUUAAUUACCUCCUCCUUGUGUAGAUCAGAUUUCCAGAGCCUUAAUGACCUAAUUAUUUUAUUCAGGUGGUGCAACAAAGGCUCAGCUAAAAGUUGUAGCUCACUUACCCUUGAGGACUGGAGUUUGAUACCUGUGAAUUAUACUAUAAAUAAAUUUCAAUAUGUUUGCACCUUUACAUGUGAACAGAGGAUUGUUAGGAUUCUGAAAUUAAAUUCUGAGAUUAAAGAGAAUUAUCAAUUUUCGAGGCCCUACCAAUGUGUUCUGAAGAAAUAUUGAAAAAAAUGUUUUUACAUUCUCCAAUAAAUAGCCUUUAAAGAGUAAUUUGAGUGCUUUAAUCUCAAAUUAAAGCAAUGUUUAAUUAGAAGACACUAACUUGAUUUAGUACGUUGGGAGGCUUGUCAGAGAGUCUGUCUGCUCCUUUUCAUGACUCGAGCGAGAGCCGGCUAAAAACGAAGAGAAAGUAAGGGUUAACUUUUUGGGAACAACUGUUGUUAACAGUGAAAAUGUUACUGUAUAAAACGUGUAAUGUCAAAUUUAGUCAUAUGGCAGAAAAGUUUGGCAUACUGUUCAAAUAUUGACAAAAUGUCACCUAGUCGCCACCCAAGCACCGCGACAGUCAGCUAUGAUGCGACCUUUCCACUUGGUCCUUAACGGUUGGACUUUUACUCUGGAGGGAACCAAAGCGGAAACACGAAUCGUUCUGCGCAUGUCUGUUCACUCGUAACCUGGCUGCCUGCUAACGGUCGGAGAAGCUAAUGGAGGAACCUAAAAUAUCACUUUAACUGAUCAGAGGAGCCGUUUGGAGUUCGUGAAAAAGGGAAGCUGCACACUAAAGACGAGUGCUUUUCUUUGCUUUUGGAGAAUUGCGCCCCGUGUCCUGCUCCAGGGGUCCUAACAACCCCACUUCUCAGCGGGCUUCCUGGGAGCGCACCACUGACAGGAAGGCAAGUUGCUUCUUUGCAGUUGGCCCACCUGAAGGCUCAGCUAGCAUUAACGCAGAUGAACAAUGUUCUCGCUGUUGGUGGCUGUGCUCCAACCUUGACAUCAAACACCCACAUACCUGCUCCAGGUUUGCCCACAAAACCACCUUCGCCAACUGCUGUGGCCAUCAAUCUCCUGAACCUUCUCAAGAUUGUCAACACUAUGUCUCAUCCGAUGUAUAAUCCCUUUGGCCCUGGCAAACAGAUGCCAUCCCAGGGACCUUAUGGACUUUCUGGGGGGCAAAUGGAGAUGGACCCGCAGAGGCCACCGCCUCACUUUGGCUCUGGUUCCAACUUCAGCUCUUCUGGAUCUUCUGGUCUUACCCAUGGAUCCUCUGGAGGACCUAUACCGUCUAUUAUGUCUUUACCAGGAAACUACAGACCCGAGAGGAAUAAGAUUACAGUAGAUGAAGACAUAGACAGAUGCUUGGACUUGAAUAUCAGUAGAGCCAGGGAGGAGGUGAUACAAAUUUCCUCAAGUCAAAAUACUCAAUUUACUAAUGUUCAAAGAGAUCCAUUUCCUUCUUCAAACAAAGGAAUGCCUUCAUAUUUGACAUCUGCUACUCUAGUAAACAGAUCCUUUACUUUGGACAGUAGUAACAACAGUUUGGACUGGUUGCCUAUAUGCCAGAGGGGUUCAGAGGAAGAGUCGUCAAAAAAAUAUUCAUCUGCGUCCUCCAGCUUUCCAGGGAGUGGUGCAAGUGUUUUCAGUACCUCCAGUGAAGGAAAACACAUGUCAUCCAUUCCAGGUUUGGGUGACUAUGACAUAAAAAGACCAGCUAAGUCUGUGCCUCCUUCGGAGCCCAUUCGUCCCAAGUAUACUUCAGAAUCAGCCUCCAACAUCCUCCUGCACUUUGGUCUUGAAAAAGAAGACUUGGAACACCUAAUUUCUUACCCUGAAGACCAGAUAACACCUGAGAACCUGCCUUUCAUUCUAAGGCAAAUCAAGCUGGAGAAAGAAAAGAAAGCUGCAACUGCUGUUCAAUCCAAACCCUACUGUGCAACUCAACCCAUCAGAAGUAUGGGUGAAAAGGACAAGUUUAUACCUUCCAUAAGAGCAGGGUUCAAUUCAGAUCAAAUAUCAUCCACUGUUCUUAAACCAAGUAAAGUGAUUGAAUAUGGACACACUGGCAAAUAUACCACAGGGGUUGGGAAUGUUGGCAGUUCCGCUGUGGCUGGUGUGGGCGGAAGUUUGUUGUGUACGGAUACUUUCAAACCUAGCAGCCAUGUCAGAGAUCCACUUCAAAGAGGCCAGGGAGACCUGAAAACUGGACCUGUUGUCUCUUCACAUAGCCAGAUAAGUUCUGUCUCCACUGUUGACUCACUGAGGAGCCCUGUGGCACCAUCAAGCAGGGAUCUAUCUAAAAAAUUGGGAGUCCAAACAAGCCAGAAUUCAACAUCGCUCUUCCCAUCUUUCGGAUUGCUGAACAAGGACACAGAAUUAAGACUACUCAAGCCCGAAGGCCCUCAAAUUCCUCCCCCAAAGCAGCCAGAGCCAGCUUGCCAGGCAUCCACUCAACCUCAGUCAUUCAAUCCACUCUGUAAUUUAAGUCGUGGAGUUCAUCCUGGGCGUCCUGGCCUUGUGCUUAUUCACAGUAAUGACUCUCACAACAAUAAGAGCAAAACUCAAGGUCAAGGAUUAAAAGCUCCUGAACAGGCGAAUAAGAUACCAGCACAACAGCAGCCAAUUCAGCAGAAUCUACAACAUCAAGGACCACCACCACAGAAACCACAAUUUCAAAUGCAUCCGCAGCCGAUUCCGUCGCUGAAACAAGUACAAGGUCUUCCUGCUACCGUGCCAACCCGGUUGUCUCUCUUUCCACUUCGUCCUGCUCUACCUACACCAGCACAAGUUCCGAUCUGUCCCUCUCUUCCUAUGUCAGCCCCAAUGCUACUUCGUCCUUCUCCACCGACACCAGCCCAAGGCAGGAUGGAUGCUAUGCCUCAUAUGCCGCCUCCAGUUUUCAAAGACCAGACAUCAGUACCAAAAAUGGGUCCAUCCAAACUACCAACACCGGCCAUGAUGCAGGACUACGCCGCAGCAACACCAAAAAUAUUUCCUCAUACCUGUUGUCUUUGUAUGAAAGAAUGUACCAAUAUGAAGGACUGGCUCUCCCACCAGAACACUAGCCUUCAUCUUGACAGCUGCAGACUGCUGAGGUUACGAUACCCUGAUUGGGAUGGGACUACACUGGAGUUAUUGAGUGGUCCGGGUAAAGGCACCCAAGCCUCCCCCACAACUCUUGACCAGAGUUUCCAUGAGACUCGUUCCCAUUCCCUCAGCCCUCAUCGCCAACAUGGAUCAGAGGAUAGCAAGGAAAGUCCACACCACUAUUAUGGGUCAGAGAGUCGAAGACAAAAACGUAGCAGCCGCUCUCGAUCACGUAGUCCACAAUGCCAUCGUUCCUCUGAUGGGCAAAGAGAGAGACGAAGUAGCAGAUCGCCACAUGCCUCCAGGCACUCUCGCAGGUCCCGCUCUCGUUCCUAUGAUCGUCCAACCUCGUCUCACCACCGCUCACGUUCAAGAAGUUACGAGAGGCGAUCACCUUCUAGGAAGAGGGAAGCCAGGCGGUUGUCACCAAGGAGGAGCUAUGAGCGUCGACCGUCUCCAAGAAGAAGCGAUGAGAGACACUCGUCACCAUGGAGUAGUCGUGAGGCGCGGUCACCAGCGGCGAGAUCCGGACCUCAGCAUAAGAGGUCCAGAAGUGCCGACAGGCUGGCUAAGAGACUCCUGGAAACAACAGCUGUCCAAUCUCUGUCCAAACAAUCUAACCUGGAGGCCAUGGUUAAAACACUGGCUCCUGCGUUACUGGCUGAACUGGCUAAGAUGAAGUCCUCUUCCAACACAGAGAAGAAGACAUCUUCUGCUAAAUCAUCUAAAGCCACAUCCAGCCGUCCAAAGAGCGGAAAAAGCUCUUCAGCGAAGCCUAUGUCUGCUGAGUCUGCUGGCAAGGUGAGGCUCUUUAGCGUUUCUGCUUCUCUUUCCCAUGAUGACAUUUUUGAAGCGUUGGAGCAAUUUGGAAAAGUCAAAGAAGUGAUUAUAGCAAGAGCAUCACUACAAGCAAUCAUUCAUUUUGAGAAAGAGGCAGAUGCAGAGAAACUGAAGAAAUUAAAAUGCUUGCAAGUGAAAGGACUGACUGUCUAUGUUGACAAAAAAAUGAAUAUUGUUUCCAAGAAACCUCAGUCGGCGCAGAAGUCAGCUCCACAGAAAAAGUCUGCAGAGUCCAGUACAACAUUCACCGGAAAAGAUAAGACACCUGCAUUACCUGGAGCUAAAACCAUCACAACAGGCAAAGUUGCUACAAAAGCAAAGGGUGUCCCCACAAAGCAAGUAGCUGUAAAGAAACCCAAUACAGCUGGAAAAAGUGCAGUAAAACUGGUUGGAGAUUCAGGGAUCCAUAAAACCAAAAGUCCAGUAAAGACAUCUAAUGCCGAUGAUUCUACAAAUGAAGCAACAAACACAAAACCUGAAAAUUAUGAAAUGAAAUCUGAAACUCCCAGUGAGACUGCUGAGGUGAUUAAGAUGUUGGAUACAACUGUCGGGGAUGAACAUAAAGAGGAGAAAAUGGCGUCUCUAGUGAAGGAAGUGACUCAUGAAGCAGAAACAUCAUCAAACCCAGUGAAGGCUGAAACCCAACCAGACACUUUGGGUGUGAAGGACUUGGAGUUCAAAUCAGCAACAUCGGAAAACCAGCCGGUUGCUGCCAAAGCAGAAAGCGAAGAGCUCCCCCUGGUGACCAAAACUGUGGACAUACUGGAAACCUCUGAGGAGAACCAAGUAGAAGAAUGUCUCAAAGUGGAUUCUGUAAGGAUCAAAGUUGAAGAUGUUGAACCUGGAAAGACUGAACCAGAAGAACCCAUGGAAAUUUUGAGCUCUGCUGAGUCCAAAGACCAAGUUUCAGAAACUGUAAAACCAGCUGCUAGAGUUAAAACGCCACCAUGUUCGUCGUUUCCACGUAAAACCUCUGCUGAUCCACCUCAAACUCAGCAAACCACUGUGAAAACUGAAGAAAUGUCAGAGAGAGACUCACUGCAGGAACAGCCAUGUCCGAUGGAGGAAUCAGAACCCCCAGCAGGAAAGGUAAAGACAGAAACUGAGCAACUACAGUCUCCAAAGAAGAUGGAAACGAUGCAAAAAGAACAAUCUGCGACAGACGUAAGCAGUCAUCUGACACCAGAACUUGUGAGCGACGUUGUAGCCGUGAAGCUUGAGGAACCAACAUCUGCCGGAAAGAAGACUGCUGAUGGCACAGCGGCACCAGCUGACGUUCUCUCCCUCACAGCCACGGUGAAGACAGAAAAGCAGGAGCAACAAAAAGAAACAAAACGCACACCACAGAAAACUGUCAAGUCCUCAAUGCCUCUUUCAAAAGAUUCACAUAAUGAGAAACAACCUCCACCUCAAACCUGUGCCUCAGUUUAUCCAACUCCAGCAGAACCCAUCCAGUCAGGUUCUGUCAAAGCAGAUAUGAAGGCUGGCAAAAAUGAAACGGAGGUUGUUGCAAUCCCGACUAUGUCUCGUAAGUCCAAUGAAAAUUCUGAGAGAAAGCAAUCACCCAGAGCUCCAGUCGUCCCUGCAGAAAAACAAACCAUUCCUGUUCCAUACACCUCCACCACGUCAGUCACAGCUUUGGGCAAACUGCAGGAUGAUGACGCUGAACUUCCACAGAUCGAUGAAGAUUUCUUUAGGGCGCUCACAACAGCACUUCGUGAGCACAGACUAAGACAGGGAGAAAAGAAAACAAGUGAAGAGAGUUCCACCAUAAGCAAAACGACCUCUGAAGGUAUGAAGGAGGAAUACACACCACUCACACAGGAUGAAAGCAAAGAGGAGGAUAAUUACUCAGAUCCUUUUGAUGAGUUUGACUUUAACUUUGGAGACUUUGUGACUGUUGAUGAGAUUAGUGAAGAAAUGGAUGACACGCUGGUUGAAACAGAGGUUGAAAACACCUCUGUUUCAUUAGAGUCGAUAUCCAGAGCUACAACAGAAAAGCUAAGCCCAGAUGUGUCCUCUGUUGCCAGUGAGACCUCAACAAGGUCUUCAAUAACCUGCAAGAUCUCAACUUCUUCCUCAUCCAAGUCUGAAAAAGGCAGUGACUCUUUAAGUUCCGCGUCCGAGCCCGAAAACAAGCAGAAACUUUCCUCUGAACCUCCCAAAUUUGAAACCAAAACCUCAUCUGUUAGUGGCGUUAAACCUAAAAGUUCCUCCACUCCUUCUAAUUCUUUAAAAACUCCACUUUCAUCUCAGUCAAACAAGAGUCAACCUCUCGUUAGGUCAUUAGAAACAUCCUCUGGUCGAAGUACUCGUUCAUCAGCAGCAGCCAACAAAUCAUCUGUAGGAACUCAGCAGGUGGGUAAGAAGGAUGUAAAACCUAAAGAGAGUGUAGUGGCAAAGUCUGACCACCAUGUGUCAGCAGAGAGCUGUUCUGCAAAUACUGUUGAGUCACAAUUGAGGAUAAAAACAUCGAAGAUUCAACCCACAGAGGGACAGAGCUCACAGAUCCAGAAUCUAAAGACAGAUUUUAAAAAUGUCAAAGAGAUGAAGAAAAACGAAGUGAAGGAUAAGAAAAAAGACAUGGAUGGCAAAAGCACUGAGGAAAAGGGAGGCAAUAAUGGGAAUAAACAAAUUCUUGAUUCCUUCAAAGAAAAAUCUGAUGAACAGAAAAACAAGGAUGGCAAUCAAGACAGAAGAACUGAAAUUCAAAUGUCUGGAGUUGAGCAAGACCAGCUCAUUCUUCAAGGAGCUAAUAACAAUAGUCCAUCAGAUGGGUGCCAGGAAAUGGAAGUAGAUGAAUCCACCAAGCUGCAGGACUGCGCACUUAAAAAUCAGGCUGCCACAGCCCAUGAUGAAGAAACCAACCAGACUCCAAAUAGCAGUAGCGUAAAACAAAAUGACAUUCGUUUAUCCGAGAGAGUCUGUGAAACCUCCAGAGAGUUUGGUCAGAACUCUAAUGAAGAAGACCAAAAUGACAGCAGACACUUUGACACUUUGAAAGACCAAAAACUUGUAGUUCCCACAGACCUACUGUCUAAAGCAGAUGAUGAAGAGGCUUAUGAGGUCAUAGAUUCAUUGGACGAUCAACAAGCAACCACUGAGGCGGAAUCGGAAAGGGAGAAGAAGGAACAAAAAAAGAAAGAAAGCACAACCACUUGUGGAGGUGAUGGACCGACCAGAAAAGGACGUUCAAGAAGCCAAACAUUUAAAAGUGAAGAGAAAGAAAAUUCACCAAAGCAACAGGACAAAACAAGAACAUAUGUGACACAAAGAAAGGACGGCAAAAUAGAAAAAGAAGAAGAGAGUCUUGAGGAUUUCGAGGAAAUGGUCUAUGAAGUUGUGGACUCCAUUGAAGACGAUUCUGUUCAAGAGCCCUCAACGACAGGGAAUUCUAGUAGGAGACGAACACCAAGACGAAACAAAAAAGAUGAAAAGACAUCACCUCCUGUAGAAGAACCUAAAAAAUCUGAUGAUGAAGAAGAGGAAAUGUUCACAGUUUUAGACUCUGUGGAAGAAGAAAGUCCCAGUGACAAACCAGUGGUGGCGAGAUCGACUAGAGGAAGAAGACAAAACAUAGCAAAGAAAGUUGAAGAAAAUACUAAAAUGAAACAAGACAAGACCCCCACAAGAAGAAGAUGCACACCAGUCAGAGAUUCUAAGGAGAAAGAUGGUGAGAAAACUCCAAAAAUAGAUGUUCCUCUAAAGAAAAGUACACCAACGAAGAGUGACUCUGCUGUACCAAGCACUGGUGAUGAGGACACUGUCUGUAUGGAAUUGGAUGCUGUUGUCUAUGACCAACCAACUACACAGAAACCAAAAAGAGGAAAACCAAAGGACAAUAAAACAAGUCAAAAACAAAGUGAGGAGGAAGAAGAGCCUGUUUAUGAGAUUGUAGAUUCUGUAGAAGAAGAUCAAGAAAAUACCAUGACAGUGACAUCCAGACAAGAAAAUGAGACAAAAGUUGAAAUGACUGCAGACGUGAACAUUGUUUCGCUUACCAAAGUGAAAGAAGAUAAGUCCCCAACAAGGAGACGCACACCAGCCAGAGAUGCUAAGGAAAAAGACAGAGUUCAGCUAAAGGAAAGUGCACAAACAAAGAAGAGUGACACUGCUGUAGCAAGCACUGGUGAAGUGGACGAUACUUAUAAGCAAUUGAUUGCUGUUAAGGAAGGCCAACCAAGAACACAGAAAUCAAGAAGAGGAAGACCAAAGAAGGACAAUAAAACAAGUAAAAAACAAAGUGAGGAAGAAGAAGAGCCUGUUUAUCAGAUUGUAGAUUCUCUCGAAGGAGAUCAAGAAAACACCAUGACGGUAGAAUCCAGUCUUAAUGAAGACAGUGAGCCAAACAUUAAAAUGACUGCAGAUUUCAACACAGUUUUGUUUACCAAAUUGGGUGAAGACAGAACCCUCACAAGACGACAAUGCACAUCGACCAGAGAUUCCCAUGAAAAAGAUGUAGUUUCUCUAAAGGAAAGUACACCAACACAGACGAGUAAUGCUGCUGUUGUAAACACCAGGGAGGAAGACACUAUUAUUGAAGAACUGGAUGCUGUUGAGAAUGGCCAAUCAGCAACCCAGAAACCAGGAAGAGGAAGACCAAAGAAGAAGAAUAAAACCAGUAAAAAACUGACUAAGGAAGAAGAGACCGUUUAUCAGAUUGUAGAUACUCUAGAAGGUGAUCAAGACAAAACCAUGAUGGUAGCUUCCCUUCAUAUGGAGGAAACUGAGGAAAAAGUUGAAAUGACUGAAAAUGUCAACACAGUUUUGUUUUCCGAAAUGAAAGAAGACAAGAUCCUCACAAGAGGACAAUGCACACCAGCCAGAGAUUCUAAGGAAAAAGACAGAGUUCCUCUGAAGGAAAGUACACCAACAAAGAAAAGUAAUGCUGCUCUAACAAGUACUGGUGAUGAGGACAGUACUUAUGAAGAAUUUAAUGCUCCUGAGGAUGGCCAACCAACAACACAGAAACCAAGAAGAGGAAGACCAAAGAAGAACAAUAAAACAAGUAAAAAGCAAACUGAGGAAGAUGAAGAGCCUGCUCAUCAGAUUGUAGAUUCUUUAGAAGAUCUAGAAAAAAAUGUGAGGGUCGAAGUCAGUCUGCAGGAGGACAGUGAGACAAAAGUUGAAAUGGCUGCAAAUGCCAACAUCGAUUUGUUUACCAAAACAAAGGAAGGCAAGAAGUUCACAAAAAGACGACACACACCUGCCAGAGAUUCCCAGGAAAAUGACAGAGAGAAAACUCCAAAACCAGAUGUUUGUAUUCCUCUAAUGGAAAGUACGCCAACUAAGGAGAAUGAUGCUAGGCACCUGGGUGGGGAGGAGACUAGUUAUGAAGUAUUGGAUGCUUUUGAGGAAGAGGUUGUUGAGCAAGCAAGACGAGCAUCAAGGAGGGAAAGACCAAAGAAAGACAAUAAAACGAGUGAAAAACCAACAGAAAAUCUGAAGGUUGACUCACCCAGAAAGGAUGAAGAAGAAGCAACAUAUCAGAUUCUUGACUCUGUUGAGGAUGAAGUGGUUGAUGACGUAGCUCCUGUAGACCAAUCUGAGUGUGCAAAAAUGUCAAGCACUUUUGAAGAUGAUGACAUAACAAAGGAAAUGAUUAGGUCACUAUUAAAUAAGGAGGAAGGAGGGACUAUUUAUCAAAUUGUAGAUUCACUGGAAGAAGAUCAUGUUCAAGAAGAGAUGAUGACAGAAACAGCCAUGCAGGAGGAGAGUGUGACAACAGGAGAUAUGAUAGCAAGUACUGACCAUACACUGUCCAGCCCCUCAACUGUAGAACCAUCCGAACAAACAGGUGGACAGAAGGAGAUUCAGUUAGCUGGUAAAACAUUGGAAGAUAAAGAGGAUUCAUCUAUUAAAGGCUCUGAUACAGAGGGGAAGGAGAGUACAUUGGAGGUUGAUAUUGUAGAGAAAGAUGAGUCUUCAAAUAAGCCAAAUGAUCAUCUUUGUGCAUCAGAGGAGAAUAUGCCAACAUCACCGAAGAGCAAGGACACAGAAGCAACCGAAAAUAUUCUUGUGAACCUGGAUCAGGUGAGCGAAGAUGAGGAAGAUUUUCCUGAUGACGCGGCAGAGGAAGAAGAGUUGAAGAAAAGGCAAGCUGCUGCUAAGAAAAGAGAAAAUGACCGUGAGGACAAAAGGUCCAGGGAAAGAGAAGCUAUGGAACGAAGGAGUCGAAGCAGCAGCAAAGGACGGAGUAGGAAAUCAACAUGGGAACCGGAGAAGACGAGUCAACAAGAUUUGGAAAAGGUGGAGGUAGACGCCCAGGAUCUGGUAGCCCAGGAUCUGGUAACCCUCGAUGAGGUGGGAGGAGAUGAAGUCGGAGAGGAAGCUGUGACAGAGGCUCCAACAUGGAAAGUGGAACUCACAGAGGGAGAACUGCAGGAUCUCGUUACAUUGGAUGAGAUUGUUGAGGAAGAGGAAGGACAGCUUGAAGCCCCGCCUGAGAGUCUGGGCUUCUCUAAAGUCAGAGGACUCUCUAAACUCAGACUCUCAGACUCUCUAAAGUCAGAGACCUUGACAGAAAUCGCCCAGACUGAGGACAACAAAGAUGACGAUAAUCAUCCAAAAGAACGUUCAAGCUCUUCUAAACAUAAACUCGAUGACAUCACAGAGGAAAAUGGGAAGUUUGUCACUGUUGAUGAGGUGGGAGAGAUUGAAGAAGAGGAGGAAAAGGAAGCGGUAAAAAGAACCGGUCGACCCAAGAAGAGAUGCCGACUGACUCCUGUGAGAAAAGCUACCAGAGGCAAAACAGUGAAGGAAGAAAAUCAUAGUCAAGAAGAGGGAGAAAAUAAAUCCCUUCCACCUGCUUCACUGGAUUCCUCCUCGACUCUGGACACACCUGGUCCAUCAGGUGACGUUCAGUCUGAGACCCAGAGGAAAGAGGAGGGGAAGAACACCGAAGCUGUUUCUACCGAACAUCAACCUCUGCCUAAUGAUGGACUGAAAUUAGGAUUUGAGGAAGCAGAGAAACAAGAGCACAGAAGAGCCGGUGUUAAAGUUGUGGAUAAACGGACACAGGAGCCAACUGGACCCGAAGCAAAACGAUCUCGCUCUCAGUCUCCGAGUGUCUCUCUGAACCUCCAGCUGCCGCCAUUUAAUCCCAAAAAUCCUCUGGGUAAGGAAUUUGUGAAUCCCACGUCUGGGUUUUUCUGCAGUUUGUGUUCUGUUUUUUACCUAAACGAGGACACGGCCAAGGAACUCCACUGCAGCAGCCGGGAGCAUUACGACAACCUGAAGAACUAUUACCAGAGACUUCAGCAAAAUGUGCAAGGCUCGCUCUCGGACUGAUCAUCUUAAACUGCAGAUUAUUUUCCUGGAACAUGAGAAACCACCCAAGCUUUCCAGCACCCAUGAUGGUUUUAGCUCUAACUUUUAGUUUCUUUAUCUUUUUUUCUUAAAUCUUUCAGUAUUUCAUCAGUUUUUUUGUACUUUCUUUGUGCAUAACUUAUAUAUUCCACAGCUAAGAGUGGUAAAUGUACAUAUUUAGGAGUUGUUCGCUCCUAACUUAAGAAGAAAAACAACUAACAGUUAGUGCCAACUCAAUACAUUUCGAGAUAUACAGGCAGUAAAUCAAAUACUGUUUACUAGUGUGGACUGUUCAAAUGAUAGAUUUAUUCUACAAAUCAAAAGGUUACGUUACAUCAACUUUUUACAUUAAUUUGUCAGUGUUACAGCAUAGUGCAUCAGUUUCAUGUAAAGUUGAGUUCAGUUUUAUUUAAGCAUGACUUGCUAACAGUACCUGACUAAUGGAAGCUGCUGUUCUGCAUUUAGUUUUGUAGUUAUGAGACUCUGCUUUUGUUUGUUGGGACUUUUCUCUUUAAAUAAGGGUACAAUGUGUUGUUUAAUUUCUUUAAGUUUAUUUUAAAAAUACAACGAAAAUGUAUCGUCACAUGUAAACAUAAAGUGUAAUUAUCUGACUUGAACGUAAAUUUUUGUUUGUGUGUGACUGAGUAAAGAUUGUUUAUCAUUUUGAAUUCCUUUCUGUUGUUACUUUACUGAUGACUGAGAUGAUUAAAAAUCAAUUUAAACAUCA